CGGGGCAAUCUGGACGUUUUGUAGCGCUUGUUGCGCGUCGCGACGACGUACGACGAAUUCCGCCUUCGCGGUGGAUUGCUUCUCGGGAAAACUGGAAGGACCAUUGUCGCGUAAGGAAAAUUAAUCAUUUUGGAAGCAUGCCGAGCUCGAUGGAAAAGUGAUAGGUGAUUAGUAGGUUUACGAUGAUUACAAUUAACCCUCACCGUACCCCCUGAUGAGUGUGUCAACUAGUCGGUGAAAACUGAAGAGAGGGCGGGAAGCAUAACCGAAGAGAAUGCGGGCGAUCGUAUAUUAAUUAUUCAAACAUAUCAAGAAAGGAUGUUUCGGUCGAUGUAUAACUCUGCUGGUGGGCCUUACCAAUAUAUCAGCGGACAAUGACGUGAAUGGAUUCAGGAUAGCUAUUCUUUACAUCGUAUCCUACUUCUUGAAUGUCGUUCCGACUGGAACAAGAAAAAUAAUAACAAGAAGAAGACGGAAAAUUGGUUGUUAUACGGUACAGAGAAGUGUAGCAAUGUAACGGAACUGCUUGCCGACGUAAAGUGCAAUUUUGCUGGAAUUGUGUUCUGGACAGCCACAGUAAUAAAAAUAGUGUUUGUGGGAGUGGGCGAUGUCCUCGAAGGGCUGGAAUGGCAAACAAGAAAUAGUGUUAUUAUUUCUGAUGGAUAUUUCUCCUCACAGCGUUCGAUUCCGGCGGGAGACUCUGACGCGAGCCAAAUGACCCAACUGGCGAGAGGAGGAAUAGCGGAAGAAGAAUUGGAAGAAGACCUAAGGGAAAAUCGAUGUUUAGAUAUUGUGUACGAUAGUGCUAAGUUUGGUGCUGUGCCAAAAAUUGUGCGGAACUCACCCAGAUUACUACGGGUUCGGCCUCGACAGUGUUGAACAAGGCGAAAAAUAUUUUUUAUCGUUUUUUUCUCGUUCAUGGAGUUGAUUCGACUCAGCAGAGCCAUAACCUACCAAGCGUCUCCAUUGGCAGAUCAUCUUCACUCCGUUCCGACCGUGUGUAAACGAGAAUCGUGCUUUUUCUCGGGAAUUGUGUUGACAAGUGUAACGUUUUUGGGCGAAUGUAUCUGGCAAACCGCCCACGGGGAAAAAUCGUUUGUCACGUGGAAUGUGGUAAAGGCAAACAACAAACUACCGAUUCGUUUCUGAAGCGAGAUUGUGGUCCCACACUGUUUUCGUUCCCGCAGGGAAAUCAGGUACCUUUUUUACUGGUUCCGCGGCGAUUGAAGGUGAAGCCAGCAGCUGUAGCAAAUCAGCGCUCGCUCAAAUCUCGUUGGUGGUGAAAUCAACCGAAACAGUGCGACAUCUGUCAAACCUCGGUGCUAAAUAUUCAAACAAAAGAGAUCAUUCAUCAACCUGGGGCUUACCGAACAGUUUGCAAAAAAAGGUGCUUCUCGCUUUAUUUGUUUGUCUGUGGAGUGCAAUCAAUGUGGAACGAGAAGCGAAUUGUAUAAAAAAACUCGACUGAAAGCAAGGAUUAAAUUGGCAUUCAACUUGUCGCCGUUUGCUUAUUCUUUUGACACCUUUCGGCUGUCAGUUCGUGGAUGUUGAUGAGAGCGUGACCGCUACCCAUCCCAGUUGUUCUGGGUUCAAUCCCAGCCGAGGUAUGGAACAUUAUACAGCUACAAACGAAGUGCAUAGUACUGACAAAUAGAAGUGACAAGUGAUUUACCUGUAUGCAAGAAGACUUGUACCAUUGAAUACUCGGACAAGCCAACCGACCGACUACCUAAUCUAGUUAAAACCAAAAAAUAUCAAGAAAAAACAACCAACUUGGCUUCAGUCCUUCACACCAAACCCGACCCCCGUCGCACACCUUAAUGUGGAACAAGCGACGCCUCCGUAGCCGUUCUGAUGUUACUCACCAUGAUGUAUCAAUGCUGCAUAAUUGCAUUAAUGAUAGCUCACUCUGUACCAGCGGCGACGCAUCAAUCAUCCGCACCAACGGCAUUUGUCGUUUACACCUCCACGCUCAAAUCGACGAUGACCGCAGAUGACAGCCGGACUUGGAGUCACGGUAUCCAUCCGGAAAAUUUGUUGGAAGCACCGGCCAGUGCCGCCGUUCGGUUGGCGGACGUGGAAGCAAGUAGCAGUAGUUAUGAUAGUGCAAGCAGACGAGAAGGAACAGAGUACAAGACUAAUCAAGCCGGUAGCCGAAAUUCGCUGGAGAGCGAGCAAGAGAAAAGUCAUUCGACGAAGCAUCGGACAGUAGCAGGACCACCCAUGUCACCUUCGCUCAGCGACAGCGAAAAUCCAUCGUACACAGCGGAUUUGGAAAUGAACACAAAUCCAUCAACGACACAACGAAACCUUUCGGCGGUUGCGGCAGCAGAAGCAGCGGCACUGAACGAAGACGAAACUACCGGCCGGAUGAAUCCAACAGUGCCGAGCAUGGCUGCUAAUGGUGGCAACGUCAGUUUGUCGCUCAUCGACAACACGAUGCUAUUGUUGCCCUCCGGUGUACCAGUACCCCAACAACAACAACAAAGCCAACCGCAGUUCCAACCACUACCACAACAACAGCAACAACAACAACAACAACAACAGCGACAUCGAACGAUCAACUCGAUGAACCUUAAUCCAACCACUCCGGCGAUGCUGGUGAAACCGGUCAACGAGCACCGGAAACUGCUGAAGAGCACCGGGCCCAUCCUGAACUACGUCUUCGAUUCGCAUCCACCGUACUACAAGUCCACCUACUACAACGUGCGGUACGGCCCUCAUUUCGAAACGGACAACGUGACCAACAUUACCGUUCAGAACGGCGAUGAUUUAUUUCUUAGCUGUAGGAUAAGUUUACUUCAGGAUAAAACGGUAUCGUGGGUCCGACGGAAACACGGCGAAACAGACCUACAACUGUUGACAGUCGGGAAGCAGACAUACUCGGGUGAUCCUAGGUACACGAUCGAGUUCCAGUAUCCGAACAACUGGCGCUUGAAAAUUGCGGCUGCCAACAAAAACGACGAGGGUGUCUACGAGUGCCAGAUUUCCACCCAUCCACCCAAAGUGAUAAUCUACUAUCUGCACGUGAAUGCACCGGAGGUUCUGAUCGUCGACGAAGAGGGUGAACCGCUGUACGACAAGUACUACGAGGUGGGGUCGACGAUAAAGCUGAUGUGCCGAAUACGCCACAUGUCGAUGCUGCGAUCCGCCGUUUACUGGAUUCACAACGAGAACAUACUGAAUCAUGACGUGCAGCGGGGUGGCAUCAGCGUCAAGACGAAUCUCACCACCGUCGGUGCCAACUCUACGCUGUUCGUGGCCAAAGUGAACAAACAGGACUCCGGCAGCUACACGUGCUCGAUUGGACCGAAUCAGCACUACAGCGUCUCCGUACACGUUCUAAAUGGCACAGCCAAUCCGUACGGAAUUUAUCAGCGAUCGUGUGCCUUCUCAGCACUGCUCGAAACAGUCGACCUGAGGUUCAUCCUGAAGCAGCUGCUCUUCCUGCUGGUGAAGCACCUACUGGACAGAUAGCACUACCCACUGGUGCCCGUUGGCGGUGUUGCCCUCAUGCUUCUGCAGUUAUAGAGUGAAGCUGGUGGAGACGCUUCCCAUUAUUUAUUAUCUUGUAAGCUAGUUUGUACAGACCAAAAUAAGAAGUAAACAGAAGAAAAACACGAUCUUUACGGUAAGACCUCUAAGGUUACUGCGGACCCGAAUCGCGUGUACACUAAAACAUAUAGAUAAGUAAAAAGAAACUGAAACAGAGAUAGCUAACGAAUAUUGGCGCGUUGGUUUGGUCACAGCCAAUUGGGCUUCAGUUCAACGAAACGGAAAUGUUCCAACUAGAUAUUAUAUAUUUAAAUGUUUAUUCGAUUGACUGGGCAGAACACGAGGGAUGCGUACACCGAGUAGCACCUAAACCUAAAGUUGUUCAAAGUUUACGGACAGAGACUAGGAAAAUAAUUUUUAUUACUGCUGUUUCAUUGAUUCAACUGUUUCUAGGUUAGUUAUUUUAUACAAGAAAGCUAGAAUGGAAUGUGUUGAAUUUAAUAUUUUUGUACAAAAUGGAAAAUUUGAAUGCGAUGCAUUUUUUUCGUUUUCGAGAAGAAACGAAAGAGAAACUCUUGUUAGAAAGUGUAAUAAAACAAGUAAGAUUAGAAAAGUAACAAAAUACAAAACCCUAUCGUAUAGUCUAAAGUAAAGUAAUGAGUAAAAAAUACUGCAUCUUCUAAAAUAUUCUCUAGAAUAUGUGACUAUUUAAGUAAACCAGUUGAAAGAAAAUAUGACAAACUUCCUGUAAAAUAAAAAUGAAUCGAAAUACAAAGUAUUUUGAGUAAAUAAAUAAGCUUAGCUCGUCUUCCAAGGUA